UUCCUGGACGGUAUGCGGCGAUUCUAUUUCACGUACCGCAAAGGCUUUGCAACGAUCACACCGUCGUUCUACACAUCAGACAUGGGGUGGGGAUGCACGUACCGUACCUGUCAGAUGAUGCUGGCGGAGUCGUUUUCGCGGGUGUUGCUGGGGCGGUUCUGGGACCCGUUCCGGCUGACCAGCGCGCAGCAGGCGAGGCACGCGCGGAUUGUUGAGUGGUUCCAUGACUCUGCAGACAGCUCAGCGUACUACUCAAUCCACAACAUGUCGCGUGUGGCGACGUACAUGGACAAGCGGAUCGGCGACUGGCUCGGGCCGUCGAUUGGGGCACAUGUGAUGCUGCGGAUAUCACGGAUGCACCACAAGUGCCCACUGGCGAUCCAUGUGGCACUGGACCAGGAGGUGUUUACGAAGGAGGUGCGCGAGACAGCGUUUGGCGGGCCAGCUCGGGGACCCAAUGGAUGGAAGCCGCUGCUGCUGCUGGUGCCGGUGCGGCUUGGGUUUGAGCGGGUUGACCCCAAGUACACGGAGAAGAUCAAGACGCUGUUCCAGAUCCCGCAGACGGUGGGUCUGGUGGGCGGCAAGCCGUCGCGGUCGUACUAUUUCAUUGGGCGGCAGGGUGACAACCUGUUCUUCCUGGAUCCGCACGUGACGCGCAACUUUUCGGAUUCAAGUGACUUUGAGUCACUGGGGAUUGCAGACACGGAUGAGUACCACACGACGCACAUCUGCACGAUCGGCAUCAACAAGCUUGAUCCGUCGAUGCUGAUCGGGUUCCUGUUCAACACCGAGGCGGAGUGGGAAUCGUUUGCGCAGGCGGCGACGGACAAGGACUCGUCGCGGGCGAUCUGCACAGGGGCGACGCCGCUGUUCACGCUG